AUGGACCCCGUCAUCAUAACGCCGGAUGACGUAGCUGAGGCGGUACGUAGGGCCCCGAACUGGAAAAGUCCGGGACUCGACGGACUGCAUCACUACUGGCUGAAGGGGUUCGUGGUGUGUCACGCUGUGCUCGCCCGACAGUUUCAAGAGGCUCUCGACCAAAAGUCGCUCCCGAGCCUCUUCACUACUGGGAUCACUCAUUUAGUUCCUAAAGACCGGGAUUCCACAGACCCGAGCAAGUACCGCCCCAUAACGUGUCUACCUACCAUAUACAAGUCACUAACAUCCAUUUUGAGCGCGAGAAUCACUCGUCACCUGAACUCAAAUCAGGUGAUGUCGCGCGCUCAAAAUGGAUGCCGGGGCGGUGAUCGUGGAACCAAGGAACCACUCCUCAUUGACGCGGUCAUUGGCAAGGUGGUUAAACGCAACCGUCGGAACCUCUCCGCCGCCUGGAUAGACUACAAAAAGGCAUUCGACUCGGUGCCUCAUACAUGGCUUAAGAGGGUCCUCGAGCUGUACAAGGUUGACUGUACGGUUCGAGACUUCCUCGGGCAGUGUAUGGGGCAGUGA